AUGCUGACCGCAGUGCUGCUGAGCUGUGCCCUGCUGCUGACACUGCCUGCUAUGCAGGGGGCCCAGAUGGGCUUGGUCCCCCUGGAGGGCAUCAGGACUGACCAGGCCCUGAUCCCAGAGCUGCCAGGCCUGGGCCUGCGGCCCCCGCUGAGGAAGACAUCUGCAAAACAGGCAAAAGAGGCUCUGCUGCAGGAGGCUGAGACCUUGGCUGAGGUGCUAGACCCGGAAGGCCGCGAGCAGCGCUCCCCGCGUCGCUGCGUACGUCUGCACGAGUCCUGUCUGGGACACCAGGUACCAUGCUGUGACCCAUGUGCCACGUGCUACUGCCGUUUUUUCAACGCCUUCUGCUACUGCCGCAAGCUGGGUACUGCCAUGAACCCUUGCAGCCGUACCUAG